AUGUCUUCAAACAAAUCAUCACGAGCUCUUCGAACCGAAGUUUCCAAACUAGCCAGACUGUCCAACAUUCAAGGCGGUCUACCACCUCUUAUGAGGGGCCUACCAGUUCUAGCGAUCAUGGCCGGCGAGGCUAUCGCCAAGACAACCAACACCACAAACAUGAUUGAAGAGCGAAUGCUUGGAGCGGACGAAGUAUUUAUACUUAAGAGCCCACAGGAAUCAACAAGAAGUACGGUUUUGAAAGAUAUUGGUCGGCCAGGCGUAAAAUUGAUGUGCCAGACAUGCGGGCAGAAGCUGGACAAGAUCGAGAGGGUAGGAGUGUUUGAUAUUUUACGGGGCCAUGGCUCUUUGAAAGGGCGUCAUCAGAUAUCUAGGAACGGAGACUCUAAUGGUGGUGUAUGA